AGGACGUUUGGACAAUGAUGCAAUUUUUUCGAGUUUAUUGCUACCUCGCCUAGUUCGUCGUACCCCGUAUCUGCGUUUUUUAUGCCCCUCUUCGUUGCGUUAGCGUUUAUUUCCUAUCAUUUUGAGCGUUGAAAUACUUAACAACACCCCCAACCUGAUACUGAUUUCAACCUGCAGCGAAAGUCGCACAAAAAUACCGGCAAACCGAAAACACUUACACUAUGUCUGUGUUACAAGAACCAGAAGCAGAACAAAACUGCACCGAACCAAAUCAGCGAAGAAGUUCGCUUCGGAGGUUCUUUUUCCCUGCUGCUUUAUGUCCUCCAGCAGCAGAAAAUAAGAACAACGAUGCUCAUGCCGCCCUGCGAAGAAUGCAGGCUCACAGCGCGACAGCAGGUUCUCCUGGAAGCAGUGACGGGUUGCUGGCUGUCGAAAAAUUGUGUCUCUACACGAAGAUCUUUUUCGGCUUCUCCGAUGACGAAAUCCUCGUUCCGGAUGCGGACAGUGCCGCGUAUUCGCUGAAGAUCACUUCAAAAGAGCUGAAAUUGAACAUCGCGAAAUACCUGAAUGCGCGGAACGGGGCCGAAGACGUGAUCCAUUUCGAGCGCGUGAAUUUGCUCCUCGGCGAGGAUCUGCUGGAUGAGGAGAAGCUGGUGGAAGAAAAAAAGCCUGAGGGAGGUGGUUUCUUGCCGCUUGAAGUCGUCGCAGGGUAUGAUCCGGAGACCAGAGAAUUGCAGUUGGUGCGAAGGAUCAUAAACAAACCAGCGCCUACUUCUAGAGGCGGAGGUGGACCACGACCUCGCCAAGGGCGUCUUUUGUGUCGUGGCUCCUGGAUGAUGAACAACGAGGAGAAGCAAGCUGAGGUUACUUGUUGCGCCACGACGAAGACACGACCGGAGGUGGACCACUGCGCGGGCGGUUCUGGCGAUGGUUGUGUGAAGCGGCGUCCGAUGGAACGAAAUGUAGGCCGCAAGAGCUCCCCUGCAGAGAAGAUUCUGGCACGGCCUUCCGGAGUAGACGAAGAAGGUCCUCUUUGCCACGACAGGGGAAGUUCUUUUUCUUUCAAGUUAUCCAAGCCUGGGCUGGUUAGCGAGUCAUCUAGUACAGCGGCAACGGUCUCCUGUCCAGAGGAAGAAGAGCAGGAAGAUAUGGAAGAACUAAUUUCCUCCGCGAGUGAAGGCGAGAAGGGGGAAGAUAUGCUUGGUUUUCGCUUCACGAUUCGAGCGCCCGAAACCGAAGAGCUGGUGACCAAAACGAUCAGAGUUCCCUCGUAUAAAAAUUUCUCCGAAGAAGUAGAGAGGACAAGAGCCCACACGCGGAUCGAGAAAAGAACUGCGACGAAGCACUGCUACACGGGCAACUUUUCGCUGGACUACCAGGACUUUUACAAGAUUAGCGGGAAAAUCAGCCUGCACGAGUUCCGGCUGCAGGAAUUGGGAAAAUAUUUCCGGUCCUGCGAAAACAAAGAGAAUCAAAGCGCGAAAAAGUCUUUCGUGGAUGCAUUGGAUGAUUUAACCGAAACCAGUGCACCAGAAGAAAUUGAGCGCAGCGCUCUGAAUACCGAAGCGGACGGAGAGGAUUCUUCUAGUGGCUCUUGCGGAAAUAAUCUAAAAAAGCCGGUUGGAGGUGUUCAUCGACACCUUGAUGCUCAUCUUUCCGCAGCAGGAGCGAUUUGUUCCGUCUCUGCUGUCCGGGAGAAGAUCGCCUUCAACGAGAAGGACUGGCUAAGUGCGCAGGCGCUGCGGAUUCACACAACAAUAACCAACAAGGAGGACCAGCCCGCUUGCACACUUGCGGCAGAGCAGGGGAACAAGACAGAAGUCCAGUUCUUGCAACAAGACCACGACGUGCACCCUUAUGAAAUCGAUCUGCGGUGCUACCGCGGCACGGUGAUUGGGUGGCGGGCACAGGACCUGGCCGAGCUGCAGCAGUUUGGGAAGCAGGGAAGGGCGCACUUGAACUCCGUUGUGGUGGUGGAAAACACGCUGAGUCUCUUUCUGGUGCCCGGGUGGACCGACUUUGGUGUGGGUGUGGCUCGUGAGAAGUUGUCCGGAAGCAUGAAAAGUGGAGCUUCAGCAUCCACGUCGCGGCUGCUGCACCCGAUCUGCUUCGUGCUCGAGUUCGCCACGCAUGCCGACGCUGUGGACUUCAAGCAGCGGGGAGUGCCGAAUUUGACGCGGCUAGCCGAGAACAACGGCUGCAAAGACGAGGUUUUCGCGACCUGGGCCGAGUUCUUGGAAAUGGGGAACCGGAUUGGCGUAAAGUUGGAGCAACGCGGACUUGCGGGCGUGGCGGGGGCGUAGCGGUAAGGUCCGUGAUCAUGACGGAAUUGCGUAACUGCAGGCUGGAGGCCCCUCGGCGCAUCGACAUCGGAAGAUCGAGGAGCUUCGGUGGUGGAGAGAUUUGUCGAGAGGGACUAGUAGCACCGCAGAGAAACGAGGAUGCUCAGCUCGUGCGCAGCGAGCAAGAGCUGUCUGAAUUUAGUACGUACAUAGGAAAACUGCGGAAGCAGCCAGCCGCAUUUGCAUUGCAAGAAUGAGUUAUACCACGACAGAAACGAAAUUUCUAUCCAGUCGCGCACAAACGAAAAGGCGCUGGAUUUCCCCAUUCCUGCAGUGACAUGAAGAUGUUGAAGAAGAAGAUAUCGG